AGUUUGUCAAUCCUGUUACAGAUGAUUCAAAAUUUGUAACGUGUAAAGUUUAACAAACGUACAAAACAUUUUGUGUUUUGACAGGAUAGUUGUGAGAUUAAUUAACUUUAGUAUAGUUUUAAUAUUAAAUCAAAUUAUGGAGGAUCAUUGGAUAGAAUCGUUGAAAACGAAAUUCGUAAACACGGAUAUGUCGACGCUCAAAGAAUUGUUACUGUCCAAAGUAGAAAAACUAGAUGAAAUUAAAAAAGAUCAAAAUCAACGAUUCAAUGAGGAUGAAACUAAGAUUAAGGAAUUAACAUCAAACUUGGCUGCUAUGAAAGAGACAUUGCAUACAGAAAGUCAAACUUUAGAGAGCAAGAAUAAUAAGUUAUCAGAAGAGAAGAAUUAUUUAGAAGAGCUGGAAGCAGAGAACAAGAAACUCUUACAAGAAAUCAAACAGUUAGAAGGAAAACGUACUAAUUUAAAGACUAUUAAACCAAAUUUGCAAGAUCAACAAUUGCUGGAGCAAGGAAGGAAAAAGUUGAACUUGUAUAAGGACUUAACAAGGAUACAGUGGGAUUUUGAAGCUAUAUAUUUAAAGCACAGAAUUCAAGGCUAUGUUUCAAACAGACGCGACUACAUUCACCACUUCUGUUAUGAUACUCAAGAGAUUGAUAAAAAGUUGACCGACUCACUGUGGCAUGAAAUCUAUUUGUCUACGAGCGAAACUGAAGUCAGAAAUGAGAAUCUUCCACUAAACUAUGUCCAGCAACAGCAGUUCUGUGAUCAAGAAUAAGAAAUGUAGCAUUGCUUACCUUGAACCAUCAUAAAAC